AUGCUUACCGCGACUCCGACACAUGUUCAACAUGCGCUCUCGCUGCCUCCACAGUCACAGCUCAUCCUUGUCAAUGAUGAAGGAACGCCUGUGCAUUCAUAUAGGAAAAAAUCAAUUGAACAUACAUGCGGAAAUAACAAUGGGAAGGCACAAACAACAACAUCUCCGUUGCGAGCAUGUAGACGCUUAGAAAAGCGUAACAGUUCUCGCGUGCAGUCCAACACAAAUGAUACUAUUUCAGCGACUCCCGAAGACUCAAACAAUGGACAUCCUAAAGAGAGUCUCCUGGCAUCGGGGAAAUAUGAUACUGUGUCCGCUCCCAUGGUCCGGAGUCGGACGUUGGAUACACGGACCGAACGGGUGAUGGAACAGUGUCGUCGUAGCUCAGCACCGCCUCAGAUGCAGAAUGACGCCCAUCCGUCCCAGGGUCCGGAGGCAGAAAGUUCCAGUCACGAAAAAGUGGAGAAAUGGUUGAGGACACAAAGUCGUGAAAAUGUUGAACAACAGCUUGGCUCUUCAGCACCCCCGCGUCUCGUAGUUCAGCCACCGGACGAAAUUUCUCCAACGGAGGAGGCUAAAGAGAGGUACUGGCCGUCGUCAUCCCCAGUUCGUCGAUACCAGGCCUCCGAUUCUCUCUGCAUUCCUGGGCCAAGGCAAAUUACAAUUUCGGGGAACGAGGCUGAUGAAGUGCACUCGCCUUCACAGGAUUGCCCUAGGAUUUGGAGGGCAACAAUUGGUAACAAGGAAUAUGAAGUCACUGAUGUUACAAGUGACGUUACCGACAUUGUUAGAACGGAAGGGGAUGAAGGCGGCUUCGGCUACGUGCGACGAGGAACACUCCAUGGACAGGACAUUGCCCUCAAAGAAAUGAAACUAAGUUAUCAGCUUCCUCCCUCAAAGAAGAGUGAAAUGAAAAAAUCGAAGGCAUGA